AUGUAUUGCUGUGUCAUUUUCUGUCGAAGAAAGAAGUUUCUCAGAAAGAUCAUUCUAAAUGUCAAAGCGAGGCCGUCCCUUCUUCAUAUCUCAAGCCUCCCUCAGAUCCCAGAGGUGGGAAAAGUGCUUGUGCUGUGUUGUCGGGUAGAGAAGUUUUACCCGGAGGACAUUAAAGUGGAGUGGUACAAGCAGAACGGAGAAAUGGUGCAAAAGUUCACACAGUUUGGGCCAUUCUCAGACCACGAGCGACUGUACAGCCUGUGGAGUACCACUGAGCUGACUGUUACGACGGUGGACGACGGAACUGUGUGUACCUGUCGGCUUUACCACAGCAGCUUCCCCGCACCACAGUAUAAGGAUGUCACCUAUCACAUUAAUACACAAGGUGUAUCUCCCAGCGUGAUGUUUAUCAAAUGUGACCCGCUACAGCCAGAGGAGGGCAAAGAGUGUACCAUUAACCUCUGUGUGAAAGACUUCUGCCCAGACCGUGUCACAGUCACCUGGUUUAGAGAUGGAGAAACAGUCUCAGCUGGUGUCUUCAACUCCCCAACCAGUCUCAACAUCAACGGCCUCUACUCCAUGUGGACCUUUCUCAAACUGACCCCCAGGAAACACGAUCUGAACGCCGUGUUCAGCCUCCCCCCAUCCCUACCCCAUCCCUACCCCAUCCCUCCCCCCUUCCCUACCCCAUCCCUACCCCAUCCCUCCCCCAUCCCUCCCCCCUUCCCUCCCCCAUCCCUCCCCCCUUCCCUCCCCCAUCCCUACCCCAGCCCAUCUCUUGAAUGA